CUUGUCAUGUCUCACGGUUGCGAGGGUGAGAGCCAUGGUAAGCGUGCCCGUUAACCAGAGCCGCCUCCGUCUCGCAACGUUUUAUCCGGUCAACGUCAAGUACUCUACAAAAGCCAACAUCAACGACGGAACAAGCUGGGACGGACUCCCGAACGAUGAUGCUGAAGCAGUACAUGAAAAUUGCACUCGCUGUUCGCUUUUUGCAAGCUUACCAGCGGAAUGAUGAGGAAGAAGAUCCACAUCUGCAGGUCGAGCAUCGCUUCAAGGAUCUGUUUGGGCUGGAAAUACCUCCGAUUCUAGAUCCAAGUCUCAUUGAUCCGGACGUGUUCCAGCAUGUUCACCUUCUCCACAUCCAUGAGGAACCACGCCUUCAUUGGCGAGUCUGGCACUGCCAGCAUAACUCCCAAUCUAAUCACCACCGUGAAUACCACCACCACCAAAGACAUAAGCCGCCACCCCGCAUACGUCGUAAGGGGAGACGGGGUGACGUGCUGGAAGGCCCAGGAGAUGAGGCCCCCGAAGAUAAUCCGCCACCCUGCAUACGUUGCAAAGGGAGACCAGGUGACGUACUGGAAGGCCCAGGAGGUGAGGCCCCCGAAGAUCUGGCCAAGGCCAGAGCCGCAAAUACUAAUAUGAGAACCGAAUGAUUUGCUCCUCCUGUGUUACCACUGCGUGGUGAUGAGCAUCAGGCUAGAAGGAACGGCAGAUCCGAAGAUGCCGCUCAAGACGCGCAAGGCGACGAGAGUGGUGUAUUCGUGCAAAGCCAUGUGGCAAAUGGUCACGAUGCCCCAAGCAGUGAGGCUGAAGCCGAGCUAUUAUAAGACCGUGAAGGAAAGAUACUCGGAAGGCAUCAUCAUGGAGGCUUGCUGGGGUGGGGAAGGAAGUAAGGUGUUGUGCUGCGACCCCAUCGCAACACGAGUGGCAAGGUAGCUUGCUGCCAUACAGCAGCUCGCGGUGUAUAUCCUGUUAUAAGGAUCCCUGCCGAGACACACAUUGAGCAGAACAAAAUCCUCAGAUCGUUGGUGGCGCUGGAGUUGAUGUGACUGCCUCUAUAGUCUUUUCCUGUAGCAGUAACUCGG